CUGGGAACAUCGGAGAUGCAACAGGCUGGUUAUGUGCUCACUGGUUACAGCACUGAGUUUGAAACCACUGUAGACUUUUGGGUUCUGCAGUGCUACGACACGCCUCAAGGGAUUGUCGGGCGAUUGACCGAUUCCGACGGAGAAACAGUGUAUUUGUUCUUUAACGAGGAGUGCUCAGAGGACGGUCUCAACGGAUUCCUGUCUUUGGACAAGGAGAACAAAAAGAUGAGGUAUAUGGCAAACGGCAUAACCAAAGAAAUCUCUCUACAGCCACCAGUUAACCUUGACAACGGUGUGAGAGUGGACCUACCAGGUGAUAGUGGUGGGAUCAGGGGCCUACCAGCCCACCAGUGGAGAGGCAGGCGCGGGACCCAGAGACUAUCUAGUACUAGUUAUGGAGUUCCACCCCGUGUUGGACUCUCUGUUUCUGGGAGGACAAGGAGGACUUUUGGAGUUCCCCAUACCCCAUAUUGAUUUUGCCAUAAAGGUUAAGUCGACUGCUGUUUGAUUCAAAUACAAACUAUGCAUACAUUGUUA